AUGUCUGAGCCCGAAGGGAGCUCCGAGGGGGAAGCCGAAGGUCUGGAAGCUCGGCCUAGGGAGCUUCGUUUUGCUUAUGUGGGUGGUGAAGUGAAUUAUGACUAUGAGCUUGGUGCCUUAGCUGUUGGAGACGGCGAUUCUCGGCGCACCAUUUCAGUUAUUUUGGUGGUCCCGUUUGAAGGCAGGACCUUAGCAGUUUUCCCUCAGAAAGCUUGGGACAAGAAAGUCAAACAGCGGAAGUUGCCUGCUGGGCCUUUCUCUCGCCCUAUGCUUGUUGAAGUUGCUUGUGCAUCUGCGACCGACCGUUCAGUCGUGGGAACCGAGCCGCCUGUGAAAGUUUGGAUAGGGCUUCUAGCUGCGAGCCUGGCCGACCAGGUUACCUUUGAAUCCGGCGAGCUGCCAGACAUUUCUUUUGCCACCUCGACUCGUGCAGGGCUUCCAUUUGCAGAAGCGUUGGUGGAGCUUGGGGAGGCCCAUUUUGGUUUUCAGAGUGCUCUGAGUGCUCCGGUGGACGGGGCGGGGCAUGAGCAAAGAUUCAGGGCCCUUGAGGCCAGCAUUGCCCGCAUCGCGCAGAGUGUUGAGAGGCUUGCUGGUGCUUCUGAUCGUCCCGGUGCCGCGGGGCCUUUCUCCGAGAAAGCGGGGGCUAAGAACAAAGCCGCUGCAAAGAAGCCGCGUGCGCCUCUCACCGAAGGCUCCGUGCCGGGGACUCCGAGGCCGCCUGGUCGGGCAAAGGAGAUCGCGUCGUUGGACCCUGCUGUUACCAAGGCAGCGUUGGGGGUCGGUGUGUCGCCCGCCGAGCUCGCUGAGAUCGGCCGCCACAUGAGAGGGCGGCGAGGGGGGCUUGACGAUUUCCCUGGAGCCGACGACCCGGUCCCCGACGACGAGCUGGGCAGCGUGCUAGCCCAAAGCGGGCUUGAGGACGAAGGGCACGAGCCCGAACAGGGUGCGCCUGCGGUCGAGCGAGCCGUGCUGGCCCUCACUGGGAUCAUGAAGCAGCUGGUCGAAAAGAAAAAGCAGAGCGAUCGGGCCGGCACGUUGGAUGCUUAUCUUGAUCACGCUGAAGGCGGAACCGGCUCGGACUCAUUCAGCUUCGGAGGUCCCUCAGGGUCUCGAUCGAAGGCCGCCGCCUACCGUCUUUUGCGAGAGAGUCUCGAGAAAUCGCCCGAGCUUGUUUACCAGGAAAUCGAGCGACACAUGGAUGAGGACUUGCUGUCCCGACGUGCGGUCGGAGCUCUGUCUUCUGCCCAAAGCUCAGCUCGAGCAUGGAUCGAAUUCCGGUCCAGAGUCGGGUAUUUUCCGACCACGAUCAGGACCCUAUGGUGCCUAGGGGGCAUCUUAGACUGUUUGAGGGACGGGCGCACCGGAGAAGCCCGUGCUCGUACUUGUCUCGCCAUAGCGGCCUUGGACCAACAGUGCAUCGACUCGGGGCAGUGGACGUUGGCACAGGAAAUCUUACUCGAAGCGCCACCCCCCUUAGGAUCAUUCCAGGGACGCAGAGUGCUGCAUGAUCCGCUGGAGAGCUUUCACACGAGAUUGCUGAGCAGCCGCUGGUCCGAGUUACUUCUGCAUCGGGUGAAAGAGUUGGAGGCCUUCCUUGAGGCCAAACGCAAGUUAGGCCGCGGUCGAGGGAGCGAUGCCCCUCCUCCUAAAGCCGGUGAAGACGAAGCCCUUCCUCCUGCAGGUCGCGGUGGCCGUCGCAUCCCCAAGAAUGGUGCGCAGGGAUCUGCCGACAGAUCAGGCGCCGUCGCCUCUCCUUUUGCAGGUGCCCCUUCACAGGCCAAGGCCGAGGUCUUCGCACGUUGCUGGAACAGACUAGGCCGCCGCCUUAACGAAUGGAACGCCUCUGGCCCUGUCACUCGGGAGGACCUGGGCCGUUCUGCUGGUAAAGUUGAGAAGAUUGAGGAGCAGAUUAGAGUUCUUCAGCACGACAAAACUGGGCAGGCCUUCGCUAUGCCAAGCCUUGCCCUUGCGCAGGAUGUGGUAGCUUCCAGGAUCGCUUUCACAGGGGUCCCUGAGUUUGACCCAUGUCCUUAUUUGGACGACGAGCUUCGGAACCUGUACCUUCGGCCAAAAGACUUCGCCUGUGGCUACGCCGAUCUCCCCUUUGACCCCUCUAAGGGUGAUCGCUUGUGUUUGCGCCCGGCCUCUCAAGCUGCUGCAGAGUGGUGCUGUGGGGUGUUCUCAGUGCCGAAAAGCUCCGAGCGGGACAGGUUGAUAAUUGAUGCCAGGCCCAGCAAUGCCCUCCAGACCUGCGACAACCGAUGGUUGAUCAUGAUGCCCACCGCUGCAAGCCUGCUGGGUUUCGAGCUUGAAGGUUGCGAAGUUUGCACUUUCUCAGGAGCCGACGUACGGGAGUUCUACCAUAACUUCCUGGUGUCGGAUCAGCGAUCGUCCUUGUACACGUUCGUUGGCAGUUUCUCGCCCGCUGACCUUGCGUGCCUAAAGAGCUUCACCCCAGACCUCUUUCAGCACUCUCACGUCUGUGCCUCUCUUCGGACCAUGGCAAUGGGCGAUGUGAACAGCGUGUCCUUCGGGCAAGCUAGCCAUAUAGGGCUCCUGCUUGCAUAUCAGGUCAUUGACCCGCGCUGCCUCCUCACACUCAGGGGCGGCGUUCCGCGCGGGGAUUUAGCCCUAGGGGUUGUUAUAGACGACCUCGUGUGCAUUGAGCGGUCGCUGCGGGACAUCGGCCCUACCAAGGCUGCCCCAGUGAUGGAACGAGUGCAUCAGGCUUACAGGUCCGCCCCUCUCCCGGUCCACCAGGGCAAGUGCUUUGAAGACCAGCAUUGCGCAAGCUUCUGGGGAUCUGAGGUAGACGGGCUUGCAGGCUGGGUGCGGCCGUCUUGGGCUCGCCUAGUGCCUUUGGUCAGCCUCACCAUUGCUUGUCUCAAACUCCCAGUGCUCAGCGUUAGCCUUUUGGAGGUUUUAGCCGGGUCGUGGGUUUCAGUCGUUUCCUACCGCAGGCGCUUGCUCAGCUUGUUGAACCAUAUCUACGUGAUCCAGCGGGGGAAAAGCAGAGACGCUAUAGUCCCUUCCACGCCCGGCCUUCGCGCUGAACUGUUCGUGCUGUGCGCCCUCGCCCCCUUCAUCGUGUGUGACAUGCGUGCUUCUUCGUCGGGGUGCCUUGUCUGCACUGACGCUUCGGACAUGGUUGGUGCCGGUGCCUGUGUUAACAUCGAGAAGGUGUGGGCAAAGGAGCUUCAUCGGCACGCCUUGAGCAAGGGCCUUUGGAACCGGCUCCUACGUCCUAGCGAGUGUUUGCUCCGCCGCUCUGGCGACUUAGAUCAAGAGGACGAGCUCCCUGGUGAGAGCUACCGUACCCAUGCCUUGUGGAGUUCCCUUUGCAGGUUUCUUCAGUUCAAGGUUUUAGGCUCUUUCAAGCGACGGGGCAGUACGCACAUAAAUGUGAAAGAAGCCGAGUCCUAUCUGGCAGUCGAAGAGCACCUCGCUGCAGGCGUCUGGGAGAGCGCCAGGACCCUGGGUCUCCUAGAUUCUCAGGUUGUGCUGGGGGCCUUGAUCAAAGGCCGAUCGAGCUCGCCCUCGCUGAAUGUGCUUCUUCAGGGAUCUGUUCCUGCAUACGUCUUUUUCAACGUGCACCCUUCUUACAGCUUUGUUGCUUCCGAAGACAACCCUUCUGACGAUCCGAGUCGACUCAGGCCGAUCCGUUCUCCCUCUGCCCCGGUACCUGCUUGGUUCACCGCCGGCGCUGCAGGAGACUUCUCUGAGCUUGACCUUUUUCUUGAGUCCUUCGGACUCCUCCCUGACCAGCUCCAAGGCCUGCCCGAGUUGCUUGCGUCUUUCGCCGCCCGCUGUGGAGAUCCUUUGCCUUCUAGUGCCAUUCGUCGAGAGUACUCCGAGGGCCAAUGUGAUGAUCGUUUGCAGAGGGAAUCCGCUCCUGACGGCGCUGGAGAGGCUCAGAGCUUUUCGGUUCCUUGUGCCCGAGGCGUUGAAAAUCGAACUCCAGUCCUUUUUCAGGCCUUCUUCAAGCAGUGUGGUGCUUCGCAGUUUCUUUGGCCAGGGGGUCGCCGGCCCAACGCCUCUUCGCGCCCUGAGUGCGCUGUGUACCUCGGCCUCUUUGCGAGCAAAUGCCUUGUCGCGCGUUCCUUUGUGCAACUUGCAGGAAAGCCAGCCGUCACUUUUGACUGGCAGCACGGUGGUGCCCAGGACCUUUGCAAACCUGAGGUGCAGCAGCGGCUCCUUGCGGCAGCCCCUUUAGGUACCGGAGCCGGGAGCACCCCUGUGGAGUUCCUUCUCUUGGCCAUCAUAGUGCGGCAAAGCUUCGCUGCGUUGCUCUGCGAGCUUCGCAUCCCGUUCUGGAUUUCCGGACCGGCCACCUCCCUCAUGUGGGCCCAUCCCUCCGUUGUUGAGCUCCUCGGUCGCCUCCCUACGCCCUGUUUUUGGACUUUCGACCGCUGCCGUUUCUCAGAGCCAUGGCUAAAGCGCACCCGUGUCCUGGUUACCACUGACUUGGCAGGGGUCGAGCACCUUUGCACAGGUGGGCACGAGCAUCAACGACUUCGAGGCAGGGUGUGUGCUGUUGGACCGGACUGGACUAAGAAUGCUGCUGCUUGGCCUCGCGGAGCAGCCCUUGAGCUUGCUCGGAGUCUGGCUGCUGAGCUGGUGAGCGCCGCCGCCAGCGAGAGUGGAGUUGCUUUUGUUGGGCAUCGGCGAGUUGGAGAAGCAAAAAAUCCUGGACCCCCGAAGAGGGUCCCUCGACGUGGUUCUCUUUUCGACGUCGAGCUCAUCGAGGCUUCCACUCUCAGGGUCAGAGCACAGAUCUGGACAGUCUUCAUAGCAUGGCUGCGGGAGGGGCUAUCUGAGGGUGCUGUUCUCGGCAUCUUCAGGUGCCCCCCUUUGCUAUCUCUUAUGCUGCGGGACUAUGGUGACGUGCUUUACAGAACUGGUUUUCCUCUGGGUUCUUACCGCCAACUCUUAGCUCACGCGCAAAAGUUGCUGCCACUGCUCAAACCGCACAUGGCGGUAGCUUGGAACAUGGUCACGAGGUGGCAGGAACUCCAGCCGGUCUGCCACAGGACCCCUCUUCCAGAAGCUUUACUGCGUGCCAUGGUGGGGCUCGCUUUUUCGCACGGCUGGAAAGUGUGGGCCGCCACUACUCUGGUGAUGUUUUACUUCAUCUGCAGGCCAGGUGAAGUGCUUCGAGCUCUCAGGCGAGAUCUUUUGACACCGGGAGACACACUGGAACCUCACCACAAGUGGCUUUACCUGCGGAUCCGAGCUCCGAAGACGAAGCGACGUGGAGCCAAGAUACAGCAUGCUAAACUAGAUGAUCCGAUCGCUCUCGAGAUAGCUCUCUCGGUCUGGGAGCAGUUACCUCGGGGCCGAGCGUUGUAUCCGGGCAGCCCGUCUGCGUAUCGCCGCCGCUGGGACGUCCUGCUUAGAACUCUGGGUAUUCCAGCUACAGCAGCGUUGACUCCAGCAUCUGUGCGAGCCGGAGGCGCCAUCUGCGCUUUCCAACGAGGCACUGCGGUGACGGACUUGAUGUGGAGGAUGAGAUUAAAAUCUCAGGUCACCUUGGAGCACUACCUUCAGGAAAUGACUGGAUUCUCUGUUCUCCCCUCUUUGCCGGCGGAAGCUCGUCGAAGGAUCAAGGUGGCAAACUGUUUCUUUCGAGCUGUCGAGGAAAGGGCCAUCUACUGCAAGGCGGCGCGCGUUGCGGCCUGUGAUGGAGUGGAGGCUGCCGCUUAG